AUGAGCAGCAAUCCUGACGCGCACUCAGGUAUCUGCUCGGGCAAAUCGUCCAUAGCGUCCUACUUAGUAGAGGAGCACAAUUUCAAGCGCAUCAGACUAGCUCGCACUGCUUCUACGCCCGCGGUUGAGAAGUCGGCCUCCGACGCCCACGUGCCACUUGACACACCCCCAAACGAGAACAACGAGCCUUGCUUUCAAGACGUCCAGAGCCUGAUUGACUUCGUCACCAAAAAAUGGCAGGACCGCUGGGUCACUACGGACAUUUGGGAUGAAGAGAUCGUCGAUGUCUUGUUACGCCGCCCCUUCUUCCUUCUGGUGAGCGUGGAUGCUCCCGUAACUCUCCGUUGGGAGCGCCUCAAGGCACGUUGCGCCGCCUCCUCCCUCGAAGCCCCCGACCUCUCGUCCUUCGUCCUCCGCAACGAUUCCCACCUUUAUUCCCCGCCCACACGCCUUGCCUCGCUCCUCCAGCGCGCCCAGCUCCGCCUCCUCAACAGCAGCCCGUCCCUGUCCUCCCUCCACGCUGCCCUCGCUGCGCUCGACCUCCCCAACGAGUCCCGGCUGCGGCCGGCGUGGGACCAGUACUUCAUGCAGCUGGCGUCGCUAGCGGCGCAGCGUAGCAACUGCAUGAAGCGGCGGGUUGGAUGCGUGCUGGUGCGCGAGCGGCGGGUUGUCAGCACGGGCUACAACGGCACGCCGCGCAAGAUGCGCAACUGCAACGAGGGCGGCUGCCCGCGCUGCAACGCGGCCACGCCCGGUGGCUCAUCGCUGGCCACGUGCUUCUGCCUGCACGCCGAGGAGAACGCGCUGCUCGAGGCGGGCCGCGAGCGCAUUCGCGAGGGCAGCAUCUUGUACUGCGACACUUGCCCCUGCCUGACGUGCAGCAUCAAGAUCACGCAGGUCGGCAUCUCUGAGGUCGUGUACAGUCAGACGUACAGCAUGGACGUCGACUCGGCGAAGAUCUUCGAAGAGGGCGGGGUUACGUUGAGACAGUUUGUGCCGCCGAGGGAAGGGCUCGUUGAUCUUGGGGAGCCUGAUGCGAAGCGGGGCUGA